AUGUCCACCACCACUACCACCACUUCAAGCACCACAACCGUUAAUUCUCUAAUGAUGAACAGAAAUUCCAAUUGCUCGCCAGCCUCCUCAUCCUCCUCAACCAUUCCAAAGGGAUUAUUUGAGGAAAUGAAUAGCAUGGAAGAAUUUACCACUCCAAACUUGAUCAUUUCCACUACUCCUACAAGUAGUACUACUAACAUGCAGCAAGGUAAUAAAAACAUAUCUGGCAAUUUGAUGAGGAAUUCUCUUCCUCCCCCACCACCACCAAUGAUUAUGAAUAUGUUCAAUCAGGGAUUUCAGUAUAAUACGAGUGUGAAUGGUUCCUCUACAACAUUGAUAUCUCCAUUUACAAGCAUGCCACCUCCAAAGUUUGCAAAUAUGCAACAGAAAGCAAACCAAUCCACUACUGUGAGCAAGACAAGUUCAGUUUCCAAUAAUUGUAUUUCUGCAUCAUCAACAAUAGCACCAAAGGGUCCUUGUUGGGGAAGAUUGAGACUUGUUGGUGAAGCAUGUAGUGAUGCUCCACCUGAAUUUCUCCUUUCUGACACCAAAAUUAAUAUUGGAAGAGGUUUGAACAGCCAUGUCAAGAUUGUGUCGAAUACUUUAUCAAAAUUUGUUUCAAGAAACCAUGCAGAUAUUGUCAAGAUGAAUGAUUACACCUUUUUGAUUUCAGAUUUGGGAAGCACCAAUGGAACUUUAUUGAAUGGUAAAAAGAUUGGCAAGGAUACUGAUUUGAAACAUGGUGAUUUGAUAAUUAUUACGGGAGGAGUGAAAGCUUUGGUUGGAGAUUAUAUAAUUCUUGAGAAUGGAAAGAGAAGAAGUGAUUUCUCAACUGAGCAAGAAUGGAAAUGUGCCCUGAUUGGAAAUGUCAAGAAUGCAUUCAUGUACAAAUUUGAAAUGCUCCAAAAUCAAUUCAUUCCAAAAAACUUGAACCCAACCAAAUCAGCAAUUAAUCUCAAGGUUGAUGAAGAGUUUACAGAGCCACCAGUUGUAGUCACUCCAAAAUCUACCCAACCACAGCCAUUAACCGGCAAGAGGGUGAGAGAAGAGAAAGAAGAAUCAGUUGACUUUGAAUCAGGUUCAAAGAAGCUGAAGGAAGAAAAGUUCAACAAAUUCGCUCAAGAUUGUUGUAAUGAAUUCAGCUGCACAAUUUGUUGUAAUUUAAUGUAUGAACCAACUGUCUUGGAAUGUGGGCACAACUUUUGCAGAAAAUGUCUGCAUGAUUGGUUGGCCAAGAAUAAGUCCUGUCCUUUGUGCAGAAAGAAGUUGAGCCAAUCUUCAGCUCCAAACAGAGCCGUUGAAACUUUACUGAAAAUCUAUGUUGAAAAUUGUGCUCCAGAGGAAGAUGUCAAAGACUACGAAGAAAGGAUCAAGGCAAUCAAAAUUAAAGAUGAUGAAAACUUUGCAAAACUUGCAACUCUAGUUGAAAAUGCCAAGAUUAAGAAGAUUAAAUUCUUGGACAUUACAGUCAGAUGGAAAUUGGAAGAGAAGAGAACUUUCAAGACUGGAGUGAAGCAGUAUUUUGGAAAGUGCAGAGACGAAUUUUGUAAAUUAGUGGGAAUCACAGAGAAUUAUGUCAUUAAUUGCAAUAAUGAACAAUUACUGAUUGCCUGCGAGAAUUUAGAACUUCCAGUUGCCUACAUGAUUGUUGGGCAAGAAAUCAAGACAAUGAGAAGAGUCAUUGACUUUGAUCAAACAAGACAGAAUCUUGUAACCUUUUGGAAUGCCAAGGAUAAUAUCUUAUAA